AUGUUCAUGCAGGCCUGGGCAGUGGCUGUUUCAGGCAGAAGUCCCCCUCCUGGGCACGAGCCUGGAUCGUUGCUGCUGGCGGAAUGUGCCUGGCUCUCACUCGGUUCUGCUAACUGGGUGCAGGAUGGAGAGCAGCCCCUCCUCAGUGGCCCGGACUUUCCAGAUGGCUGCUCUAGGGCAGAGAUGCCCUACUCACAGAAGAAAGGCUUCUCCCUUGGAAAAACCAAGAUUUCUUCUGCUGAAAUGAAAACACCCACCAGGCAGUCAUGGUUUUUCCAGCACGGGGUGCUGACCCCUGGGCUCAGAGGGACAAGAGCCUGGCAUCUUACCCCAGCAAGGAAGGAGUUGAGUCUGAGGACUCAGAGAAUCCCCAUUAUAAAGUGUGUGUCCCACGGGGUCGGGGCGGGGGGAGCGAACAUUCUGUUGGAUGCCUGCUCACAGAGCAGACACGGACCGCCCCUCGGCCUGUCGGAGCAGGAGCUGAAGAGACGCAGAGAGAGCGGGCAGGACCCAGUGAGAACUGGGCCAGGGAGCAGCUUCCUACCACCUGCAAAGAGCCACGACACAAGGCAGCCAGCUGGCUUGCUUGACCAACCAGUCCUCUCCCGAGAGCUUCACUCUGGGCAGAGCAAAAGGCUGAAUGGCAGCACGCAAGUGGUGAGGCUAGACAAGGGACCUGUGGAGGAGCACGGGGACAUCCAAGCUGGUGCUUCUUUGUGGGGGAGUCCUCAGUGGUGGUUUGUGAAAAAUGAAGAACAGUCGUACCCGUGGACAAAAGAAACUCCAGCUGGGGCUGAGAACUCAACAACCAGGGACUGCUGGGGACACCAAGGAGUCCUGGCGCAUCUGUCCCACGUGGCUCAAUUGAGAUCCCUGACUGUUUCUCGGGGCUCUUUCUUAUUUGGGGCCCUGUCCCAGCCCCAGCCCUGGUGGAAGAUCCAGCUGUUCGUGUGGGAGCCAGUGCUGUUCGGGACCUGGGACGGUGUGUUCACGUCCUGCAUGAUCAACAUCUUUGGGGUCGUGCUGUUCUUGAGGACCGGCUGGCUGGUGGGUAACACAGGAGUGCUCAUGGGCGUGUUUCUGGUGUCCUUCGUGGUCCUGGUGGCCCUCAUCACCGUGCUGUCUGGCAUUGGCGUUGGGGAGCGUGGUGGCAUGGGCAGUGGCGGCGUGUACUCCAUGAUCUCCUCAGUCCUCGGCGGGCAGACGGGAGGCACCAUCGGGCUGCUCUACGUGUUUGGACAGUGUGUUGCAGGUGCCAUGUACAUCACCGGCUUUGCUGAGUCCAUCUCAGAUUUGCUGGGCCUCCGAAAUAUCUGGACUGUGCGAGGAAUUUCAGUUGUGGUGCUUCUGGCCUUGCUGGGGAUUAACCUAGCAGGUGUCAAAUGGAUAAUUCGCCUUCAGCUGCUUCUGCUGUUCCUGCUGGCCGUGUCCACACUGGACUUUGUGGUGGGCUCUUUCACCCACCUAGACCCAGAACACGGUUUUAUUGGAUACUCACCAGAACUGCUACAGAACAACACUCUGCCAGAUUAUAGCCCCGGCGAGUCCUUUUUCACUGUCUUUGGAGUUUUCUUCCCAGCGGCUACAGGAGUCAUGGCCGGCUUCAACAUGGGGGGCGACCUCAGGGAGCCUGCUGCCAGCAUCCCCCUGGGCUCCCUAGCAGCUGUUGGCAUCUCGUGGUUUCUGUACGUCGUCUUCGUCUUCCUGCUUGGCGCCAUCUGCACUCGAGAGGCCCUUCGCUACAACUUCCUGAUAGCCGAAAAGGUAUCCCUCGUGGGUUUCUUGUUCCUUUUGGGCUUAUACAUUUCAUCCCUGGCCUCCUGUAUGGGAGGACUUUACGGAGCCCCCCGGAUCCUGCAGUGCAUUGCCCAGGAGAAAGUGAUCCCUGCACUUGCCUGUCUUGGGCAAGGGAAAGGGCCAAGUAAAACACCUGUAGCUGCCAUCUGCCUGACCAGCUUUGUGACCAUGGCCUUUGUCCUUGUGGGUCAGGUGAAUGUUCUGGCCCCCAUUGUCACCAUCAACUUCAUGCUGACGUAUGUCGCCGUGGACUACUCUUACUUCUCCCUGUCCAUGGAUCCCUGCAGCACUCCCCAGAUGCCUGAGCCAGAGCUCAGGGAAGACCUGGAAGGUUUCCACCGUCCUGAGCACCUGCCCUCGGAGAAAGCUCCCAGCUAUGGCUCUGAUGGCCCUGCCCAAAGUGUCUCUGAGGGCACUCUUCUGGAAUUUACCAAGGACAUGGAUCAGCUCCUCCAGCUAACCAGGAUGCUUGAGAGUAGCCAACCCAGACAAGGAGAAGGUAACAGGAUCCCGGGGAGUCAGAAGAGGAAGAGCAAGAAGCAAACCAAAAAAUGUAUGCAAGAUUGUCAUAGCUUCCCAAGGAUUUCACUAAUUUAUUUUUCAGAUUUCUUCCCCAAGUUCAGGCUCCAGGAGCAAGAUGUCCAGAGGAGACCAACUUCUUUCUACACCCACAUGUGCAACCCCUGGGUCUCUCUGUUGGGGGCUGUUGCAUCCCUUCUCAUCAUGUUUGUGAUCCAGUGGGUCUAUACCCUGGCUAACAUGGGUGUUGCUGCCAUUGUGUAUUUCUACAUUGGCAGGGCCAGUCCGGGGCUUCACCUUGGAUCAGCCUCCAACUUCAGCUUUUUCCGAUGGAUGAGAUCUUUUCUGGUCCCCUCCUGCAGGAAUUUGCAGUCUCCCCAGGAGCAGAUUAUCUUGGCGCCAUCCCUGGCCAGGGUUGACAUGGAGAUGACUCAGCUCACCCAGGAGAACGCAGACUUCGCCACCCGGGACCGCUACCACCACUCCUCCCUCGUGAGCCGCGAGCAGCUGAGGCCUCAGUACUAGACGCCGUGCUGGGACCUUCCUCUUUCAGAGCUGGCCUGUGCACAGUGGACCCAAAUCAUCAAAACCUCUGUGGAGCUACUUCUCCUUAAAGAGACUCAAGGCCAGUCCUCCCACUGCCACACUGGACAAUGGAAACCUGCAUUCUGGUGUGCAACACUAUGUCUGACUCAGGGUAACAUUACGGACAGUGGUGGCCUCUGCAACACGGCAUCCAGGUUAAAGACCCCCACCUGGGACUCCAAGACCAUCAGGCGUGGAGAAGCAGAACCCGAUCAUUUGUUCUAAGAUCCACAAUAAAUGCUUGUUUUAUAUUUUA